GCACCCAAAAAUCAACCUCCAGCCGCCAAGCAGGCCAAGAUCGUGGAGUGGUUCCGAGAAUCGAUGGGAGUCUACUCCUUCAAGGAACUUGAGAAGCUACUCCCUUCAGUCGGAUCAAUCAAUGGAAUGCAAGUCAAGGACUACCUUCAAGCUCUCCAGGAUGAGAACCAAAUUCGAGUCGAGAAGAUCGGCAGCGGCAACUGGUACUGGAGCUUCAGGUCGGACGCAAAGAGAUCAAAGGAGGCCAUACUCAACAAUCUGAAAUCAGAGGAGACUAAGCUGGUAACCACAAUUGCUGAUACAGAGAAACAAAUCGAGGAAGAGAUGACGAAGCGGGAGGAGGACGAUGAAAUGCUAGAGGGAGGUGGAAUAGACAGGAAGGCUCUCUUCGAAACCCAUGAAGCGCUUUUGAAGGAGAUGGACAUUCUCGAUAAGGAACUAUCUCUCUACAGUGCCAACAACCCAGCAGAGGUUCUACGCAAGGUAGCGGACACGCAGAAGCUGAAGGAUAGUGCUAUCAGAUGGACCGACAAUAUCGAGUCCUUGGAGAGCUUCCUGGUCAAUCUAACCGGUGAUCGAGCUCAGGCUGCCAGUUAUAUGCAGUCCGCGUGCGGCGAUGAGUAUGUCAUUGGAGAAGGUCUGAAGGAGCUUUAG